UAGGGAAGAUGGGUAGGCCUCCUUGUUGCAGUGAGAAUGGCGAUUUGAAGAAGGGACCUUGGACUCCAGAAGAGGAUCAGGUUCUUACUGAUUACAUCCAGAAACAUGGCCACAAUAGCUGGAGAGCUUUACCUAAGCUUGCUGGUUUGAAUAGGUGCGGGAAAAGUUGCAGAUUAAGAUGGAUUAACUAUCUUAGGCCUGACAUUAAGAGAGGAAAGUUUUCCGAAGAUGAAGAAAAUCUCAUCAUUAACCUCCAUUGCGCUCUAGGAAAUAAGUGGUCUAGAAUUGCUUCACAACUUCCAGGAAGGACCGACAAUGAAAUCAAGAAUUUCUGGAAUACCUGUGUCAGAAAGAAGCUUCUCAAGGCAGGAAUUGACCCCAAAACACAUAAACCGGUUCCUAAUUUCAGUUUCCUUAUGAACGUUAUUUCGCAGUUAACUUCUACGUCUUCAAACUUUCUGAUCAAGGUUCCAACUAUUAUGAGUCCUUGGAUUAAUAAUUCCCUCAGAUAUCCAUCUAAUGCAACUGAUCAAUUAACCAACAUUAAUGAUCAGUUGUUGCAUAAUAUCUUGGAAAUUGUAAACACAACCCCCCUACCAAAUGCCUUGAAAUCUGCUUUCUUGGAUUCACAGCGUAGUUUCAACCAACAUGAUGAUCAAUUACUGAUUGAUGAAAUGAUUAAUCAGUUUGGUAUGAAUCCAUCUGAAGAUUGGCUGCAGAAUCUAAACAAAAUUGCUUUGGAACCACUUAGUGAAUGUAAUUCCAUUGGUGCAAGCUUGAUGGAGAGCUUCGGAGAUGGAAUUGGGGCUGCAGAAACAUUCACAGAUCAUAAAAUCCUGAGUGAUAACUUCUUCAUCGAUCAGAAUCAGCUUCCUAGUUUACUCUCAGUGUCUCCCGGAGAACCAACAAACAACAAAGUGAGCAUCAAGAAUUCACCAGAAUUUAACGUCUUUCAAGCUGGUUUGGACGAUUAUUAUGAUUCUCUUAUGAAGAUUUAG